AUGUCAGACGUAGAUAAUCUACUCAAUGCCGAGCAACUGGCAUUAGCUAAGGAUCAAGAAAUAGAAAGAAUAUUGGGUUGCUGCCAAUGGGAUUACUUUGAUCUUUUAGAAAUAGAUCCAAAUGAACAAGAUAUACCAUUAAAAGUAAAGAAAACUUUUAGAAGGAAAACCUUGUUGGUACAUCCGGAUAAGGUAUCCAAUAAGAAGGCGCCGGUAGCCUUUGAUAGGAUCAAGCGAGCAGAAAGAGUGCUUUCGGUCAACCCGGAAACAACUUCAGAAUCAGACAAGCCAUUACUAGUAGAACGGGAAAGAUUAUUGGCAAUUUAUAAAGAUGCAUCUACAAGAGCAGAUCAAAAGAAUAAGAAACAAAUUGUGAAAUUAGUAGAAGAGAUUUUGAAUGAUGAAAUCAAGCUGGAACAAAUAGAAAAAGAUUUUGAACGAAGACAAGAGGCAAAUAAAAUUGAAGAAUUGAAUAAAAUUCGUAAGGAAAGAGAAUUAAAGAAGAAACUUGAAUCCAAAUGGGAAGAUGAUCGAGAUGUAAGAGUUCUGAAUUGGAGAAAGUAUACUUCUAAGGUAGAAAAGAAAAAUACCAAGAGCAAGAAAGUUAAGAAGAAGGUAUUGGCGUAG